CCCCGGUCUUCUUGCUCCUCAGAGCAACCCCCAGCGUCGCCAUGCAAAUCUUCGUGAAGGCGCAGUCGACAAUCACCUUGGGUGUUGAGCCCACCGACACCGUCGAUGGCGUCAAGCAGAUGAUCCAGGAGAGGGAGGGUAUCCCCUCGUGCGACCAGCGCCUGAUCUUCGGAGGAAGGCAGCUCGAGGAUGAGCUUACCCUGGCCGACUACGACAUGCAGAAGGAGUCCACCCUUCACCUGGUGCUUCGCCUCCGCGGUGGUGGUAAGAAGCGCAAGAAGAAGACGUACACCAAGCCCAAGAAGGUGAAGCACGUGCACAAGGCGGUCAAGCUCGCGGUGCUCAAGUUCUACCGCGUGGACGACACCGGCAAGGUGCAGCGGCUGCGCAAGUCGUGCCCCAACGACGAGUGCGGAGUGGGCGUGCGCAUGGCCGUGCACAAGGACCGCUUCUACUGCGGCAAGUGCGGCCUCACGUACGUCGUGAGCGAGUGCAAGGACGCCCCUUAAAGCUGUCGGAAGACAGGCAUGCAUUCCCGGAAAAGGCUCCUCAGGGGGGGCGACCACGGCUUGCCUCAGAUAGCCAUCGCGUUGAGUUGACUUGAAGAGAGGUGGCCGUGGGUUGUGUCAUUGCUGUCACUUCUUACUUCUCUGGUGGGACGCAGGGGGAGCGGGGAGGGGGCGAUUUUUUGGGGGGGCGGUGUUGCAUUCGUUCGACUCGGAUGAGACGUCGUCUACAAAAAAUCAAACUACAAAAAAGUGAACAAUUGUC